AUGGUUAUUCAAAAGAAUACAGUAACUUCUCAAACUAAUCUAUCUACUGCUGGAUUCACUGAUGUCUUCGGAAGUUCAACCAAAGAAUUUAUCAAAGAAUUUUCAUUUGAAUCUAAAACUCAUAAAAAUAAUAAAUUGGACUCUCAUCCGGUUUACUUAUUGAAAUUUACACAAACCGAAUUUUCUGUGAUGACCAUGAGAAGAUUUAAAAAGGAUGAAUUCAUAUUACAACAUAUUGGAGACAAAGCCAUGACGGAAAAUUUUCUUCAUUUAAAACAUGAAUAUAGUGAUUUGAAUAUUUAUUAUAAUUGUUUUAUGGAGAAUCACCGUAACAACACAAUGAGUACAUUGAAUGGAAAUAUAUUUGCACCAUUUAUUCACAGAUGUGAUAAACCAAAUUGUUAUAUUCAAAUAACUAAAGAUGAUCGAAUUAAUAGUAGAAACAAUAAUGAGAAUUCAUUAUAUCGAGUUGGAAUUUUUGCAUCAGUUGAUAUUGAACAAGGAGUAGAACUUACUCUUGGUUUAAAUGUUAAAGAGAAGAGUAAUUUAAUACCACUAAAUUCUUAUCAAAAACAUUCUUUAACAAAUACAAAAGGUAAGAGUACAACAGUAAAUUCCACGACAAAUACAAAAGCAAAUACAAAAACAGUAAACACAAUAACAGUAAAUACAAAAAAAGCAAAUUUAACAACAAACCCAACAAUAAAUACAAAAAUAACAAAUACAAAAGCAGCAACUCAUCUUACUUUAAAUUCUGAUUCAAUUAAACCUGACUUAUCAAAAGAUCCUUUUCCUAUGUCAUUUCAAAUUACCAUGGAAGAACGUCAAAAUCAUAAUAAAUUUCGUAAUUUAAUUACUGCCAUACAAAUAUUAGAAAAUUCCAUAGUAAAUUAUUGUAUUAAACAUUCAAGUGAUCCUCUCGUUUCAUCUACGGAGAAACUUACUACAACCACUAUAAUAUUAUUUGGACUUCCUCAAUCAACAUUUUCCAGGAUACAUACAAUUAUUUCAAUUUGUUUACAGGAACAUAUUACAAUAGAACAAUGUCAAACGUGUUUACUUAAUGCAUUUCGAUUAUUUAGUGAAUGGAAAACUAAUUCAUCUACAACAAUAACUAUUAACGAAUCUUUAUUAAAUAGUGCCUUUGAUGUAAUACCAAUUCCCGUAUAUAAAUGGUCGGAGAAAUUAAAUAUUUCAAAAUAUAAAUUAGUUAAAUGGGAAUUGGAGUGUUUAAAAGCUGUUAGGUUUGAAGUGGUUAUCACUUCGGUAUUAUAUUUUUGUUGGUUAGCUCGGAUUUGUGAUGAAUUGGAAGUUUGA